CUUAAUAGAAGUCAGAUGAGGCGAGUUACCUACAAUUACGAUGAUAUGGACUGGCCAUGGAGAAAACAGGAUGAUGCUGUUGCUGUUGAGACCCCAUGUCAAGCAGAGGACUCCAGCUCAAUCAUUGUAGCACAUCCUGUUGUGGUUGAAUUCCCUCAAGCAGAUCUGAAGGAUGAUGCUGUUGCUGUUGAGACCCCAUAUCAAGGAGAGGACUCCAGCACAAUCAAUGUAGCACAUCCGGCUGUGGUUGAAUCCCCUCAAGCAGAUCUGAAGGAUGAUGCUGUUGCUGUUGAGACCCCAUAUCAAGGAGAGGACUCCAGCACAAUCACUGUAGCACAUCCUGCUGUGGUUGAAUCCCCUCAAGCAGAUUUGAAGGAUGACGCUGUUGCUGUUGAGACCCCAUAUCAAGGAGAGGACUCCAGCACAAUCAUUGUAGCACAUCCUGUUGAAUUCCCUCAAGCAGAUAUGAAGGAUGAUGCUGUUGCUGUUGAGACCCCAUAUCAAGGAGAGGACUCCAGCACAAUCACUGUACCACAUCCUGCUGUGGUUGAAUCCCCUCAAGCAGAUCUGACGGAAGUAAAAGUAAAGAGACUGGCUCAAGACAAAAAGAGGGACCAGAUCGUGUACAGUACGCAGACCAUUCGUAAGAAACCUGGCAACCUUGAAGAGAUUCACACAGUUAAAAAAUAUGGACAUGCUGUGUCCAUUGGAAACCUGAUUGUGAUACCGACUUUUUGGUUUUUGUUUGUAUUGUGUGUAUAUUUUUUUGUGGAGAAAAAAAGAGGUUCACUAUGAUUAAAGUGUGACAUAGUUUCCAUGCUGAACUGAAUAAAACACUAUGUUAUGUUGGUACUAGUUUGUGUUGAUUUUCAUCAGAGUUCAUUUUCCUGA